UUGUUAAUACAACUGAUAUUGUUAGGUUAUAUCAGCUGGUAAAUACCUGCCUGUUACACGCAUACUCGCGAAGCGACUACUAUACUAACCAACUAUAUAAGUCUCACUCGUUUGUAUUAGUUUGUGAUGUAAUAUUGUGAGAAGUUCAACGGAAGUUAAAACUUUGGUAUCACGAUGUCGUCUUCACGUACUGGUGGUGUAAGGCCAAUAUCUAUUGCUGGUCGUGUAGGCAGGGAAAGAGAACGUUUGAUUGGCAUGACAGAUGAGGAACGUGCAUGGAGAGCACGUUAUCUCAAAUCUCAAAUUCUUGCACCAGAAGAACCGAUAGUUCCAGAGGGUUAUUACAAAGAGGCUUAUAAUCCUAUAAAAAGAUUCUAUAGAGCACCUCUGAAUGCAGUAGAAAAAACACUAAGUGGAUUAGUGGGUCCUACAGCUGCAUUUGUUAUACGUGGCGUAACAGGAAGACUCUUGAUAGGAAUCACAGGGAUAUAUUGUGCAUGGUAUUACUUCAAAUAUAAUACAGCGAAAUGGACACGUGUCUCUGGUUGGAGAAUAAUUAAAUCGCGUCCUACUUUGUUUCUAGGAGACAAAGAUUUUCCUAAUUACGAAGUUAAAAAACCUCAACAGUAUGCAACACGAGGCUUCGAAAACUCUCCAAUAUAGAUAUUACCAAAGUUGUAUGUAGAUAAUUUUUAAAUAUAACCAAUGUGAUUCACUAAAAUUAUCAUCAAAAGAU